ACUCUGUCCUGUUUAUCCUGUUUCUUCUUUGCAUUAUUUUUUUGUAUUAACAAAUAAGUCUGGAUAAUUACAACUGAUUAUUGAUCAAACCUGGCAGCGAAUAACUUGUUUCACCUGUCCUAACUCAUGAAGAAUUGAUUAAUUAAUCACCUGUCAAAUAAAACAAGUCCCACAAGCCGACAAGGUUGUGUUUAUCAAAAGAAGGUUAGCACAUAAUCUAGGUAGUCAUAGCUAAACUACAUGUUUCACAAAGUCAGCGUCUACAUAUUUUAAAUUGAAGCAAGCCUUAAGAUCCAACAAGAUAUAUACUGUAUCUAUCGUAUAGUGGAUGAUAAAUUAAAGAAUGGAGACAGACAGAAGAUCAAGAAAUGGAGGUGAAGAGCCUGAAGAUUGGUCUAGACAUCCUGGAGAUGGGGCACCAGUUCCCAGUGUGGUAGACAGUGAAAGAGAGGCUCUAGAAAACAGAAAACCUUUCACUAUUAAAGCUGAAUUUGAUGUCAUGCAGAUAUGUCUUACUGUUGUAGCCUUAAUUACACGAACAUGGCAACUAGGUGUUCCAAGAUCUGUUGUGUUUGAUGAGUUGCACUUUGCCAAAUUUGUGUCUUUGUACUUGAGGAAAGUUUUCUUCUUUGAUGUUCAUCCACCUUUUGGUAAAAUGAUUCUGGCUGCAUCAGGUAGCUAUGCUGGAUAUGAAGGAAAUGUUAGUUUGGAGAGAAUUGGUCAAGAUUAUCCAGCUGAUGUGCCUGUGGUACAGUUACGUUUAAUCCCAGCAGUACUAGGUAGUUUUAUUGUACCAUUAGUAUAUGAAAUAAUGGUAGAACUUGGUUUAUCACGCUGGUCAGCUGUAGUAGCUGCUUCAUUUAUACUUUUAGAUAAUGCUUUGAUUGUUCAGUCGCGUUUUAUGUUAAUGGAGGGGAUGUUGAUAUUUUUUCUUGCUUUAUCUAUCCUCAGUUUACUUAAAUUUAAACAUCAAAAUCACAGAGAGUUUUCUACACCUUGGUGGUUCUGGUUGGGUCUUUGUGGUGUUUCAUUUACUUGUGCUUUAACUAUAAAAUAUGUUGGUUUCUUUGUGGCAUUCUUAGUAUUAUUUUUUCAUACAAGAGAUUAUUGGAAGAUGUUAGCUGAUUCAUCAAAAUCUGAUAUCUGUUUAAUAAAACAUGUGAUAAGCCGUACAGUGAUGUUAAUAGUAUUACCUAUAGUUUUAUAUAUAUCUAUAUUCUAUAUCCAUCUAACACAUCUAUCUAAAGCUGGUCCACAUGAUAAUAUCAUGACUAGUGCCUUUCAAGCAAGUCUUGAGGGUGGAUUGGCAGCAUUAACUAAAGGGCAGCCAUUGAAUAUAGCAUAUGGUUCACAAAUAACUCUGAGGCAUACAUAUGAAGCAGUUCCUGGUAAACCAUGCUGGCUUCAUUCACAUCCUCCAGUCUAUCCUAUACGAUACCCUGAUAAUCGUGGCAGUAGUCACCAACAGCAAGUUACAUGUUACGUAUUUAAAGAUGUCAACAAUUGGUGGAUUGUUAAAGAUCCAAGCAGUGAAAGUUUGGUUGUGGAAGAACCACCACGUCCAGUAAAACAUGGUGAUAUUGUGCAACUAGUACAUGGUAUUACUAGUAGAGCUUUAAAUAGUCAUGAUGUAGCAGCACCAGUAACACCACAGAAUCAAGAAGUUACUUGUUAUAUAGAUUAUAAUGUUUCUAUGCCAGCUCAAAACUUAUGGCGAGUGGAAGUUUUAAAUCGUGAAGGUGCUGAUGAAUUAUGGCACACAAUAAAGAGUCACGUCCGAUUGGUUCAUGUUAAUACAACGGCUGCUUUAAAGAUGACAGGUAAACAACUACCUGAUUGGGGAGCACAUCAGUUAGAAAUAGCAGCUGAUCGUGUUGUUAAUCAGCCUGCUACUAUAUGGAAUGUUGAAGAACAUCGUUACUCUACUAAUGCUGAGAAAGAUAAACAAUCUUUGGAAUUAAGGAGUGCUGAAAUGAUUCCAUUAGAACCAACUCAUUUAUCUUUCUGGUCCAAGUUUAUUGAAUUACAUCUUAAGAUGAUUUUUUCAAAUCAAGAUACGGAAAUGGAACAUAAAUACAGCUCCGAACCGUUAGAUUGGCCAUUUAUGAGCAAAAAUCUGGCUUAUUGGAUGAGUUCAAAAUCUAAUGCACAGAUACAUCUACUAGGUAAUCCUGUAGUUUGGUUUAGUGGAAGUCUAGGAGUUAUAGUAUAUCUAGCUGUUAUUAUAUUCUAUAUGUUGAGAAGAAGACGACAGAUAUAUGACAUAACUGAUGGUGAAUGGGAGAAGUUUGUGUUCGUAGGUGAAUUAUUAGUUGGAGGUUAUUUACUGCAUUAUCUCCCCUUUUUUCUAGCAGAUAGAACCAUGUUUAUACAUAAUUAUUUACCAGCUAUUAUAUUUAAAGUGAUGGCCUUCUCAGCAUUAAUGGAUCAUAUCUAUAUCAUAUCACAUCGGUUUCCUAGUCUAAUGUCCGCUAUAAAAUGUGCAUCGGUUGUCCUGAUUUCUGGAACAGUUUAUGCCUUUCUCGAACUAUCUGUAUUUACAUACGGAAAUACACCUUUAACACCUCAACAAAUAAUAUCCUUAACAUGGAUAGACACUUGGGAUUUUCUUCUUCAUUUUAAAACAAACUAAAUACUACAAACUGUUGAAGAAUGACGUCCUAUUCCUUUAUAAAAGAUUGGUGUACAUGUUAUAAAUACAAUUACUGUAAGGAUUAGGUUCAUAUAUUAUAAAAUAUUUCAAUAUCAUCAACAAAACUCCAUUAUGGUAAUUAUAUGAUAACUUGCGUCUUACUUCUCUUUGGGAGGUGGGGGGGGAAGGCGUGGUAGUCAAGCAGAACCUUUGGAUUUUUCAUGGGAACAUGUAUUACCGCUGAAAUUUUGGAAAUCGCCUUCAGACUGCAGACGAAUGAUUAUACGAUGGUCAUAUAAAAUCACUGACAAUUAAUCCUUGGUGAGCGCAGGUCAUUAAAAAUGAGCAAGAUAAAGCAAUAUGCAAUGAUUUUAAUACACUAUAAUGUCGACCGGAGUCAUGUCAUAUUGACUUGAUGACACCUGAAUUUAUUUUGUUACAGUAUUCCGCACCCAAAUUGAUAGUUUUUAUGGAAAGUGUAAGCAAGCACAACCUGCCUUAAACCUGAUAGCUGUCAAUUCUCAUUACAAUGAAAUCAAUAUUUUCUUUUAAAUGUUUAAAGGGAUAAUCCCGUUAAUUUUUUGGAGAAUAAAACUGUUUAAUUUUGUUUUAAAAUCCCUUAAAAUCCUCUACCUAAGGGCCGAACAACUAACUCAAUAUUUGUGAUAAGUUUUCAAAUAACUGAAACCCGUCAGUCUCCAUCUGGAAAUGGAGACCGGUGUCCCAAGCUGUAUUAUUCGGUGUCUAGAUAAAACCAGACAUUUUUUGUAUAAAAAUAAUGUGUAGGUGAAAUUUACCUUUCAUUAUCACGUACAGCAUUUGGGUCAUUCACUGUAUAGACCUCUCAAUGAACGGGAAUCGAUUAUCAGGUCUCCCAACGAAAAAAUUGACCCGAAAUCUUAAAAGGGUUACAUGUCCGGAUAAGCAGUUUUGACGGUCACGUCCAAACGACUCAAUAUUUUGAGCUGAAAUUUUGAGAUACGGUCAAUACACCAUUCCUCGAUAUUUUGGCAUUUUAAGUUUCAUACAUACUCAGAGUUGAUUAACAAUGUUUAACUAUUUUGUCUUGCACAGUGAAAUUAUAUACAACCAGAGUUAUGCUUUAAAAAUUGUUCAUGAGGCGUGUAAUGUUGUGUUCAUAAAGACAUGUUCAUAUAAGUUUGAUAGAGUUCAGUAGUAAGAGCUCAAUUAACAUGUGCUUUGAGAAACUUAACCCUGGAACAAAACAGGAGAUAGUAUGUGAUGUGUUGUUUGCAAUAUAAUUUCCCUAUUCAAAACUGUUUGUCCUUACUUAAAGGACAAUGUAGGUGCCUACCAAUUAUUAUAUAUACUGGUAUGUGAUAGAACUGGUUAAUUCCAAGUAUAAUUUUAACAGAGAUCUUUGCUAUGCUUGGUCUAUAACAAAGAUUUGACACAAAUAACUGAAGUAGAGAGCGGUAACAUAUUUACAUGUAUUUCCAACUUACAACAAAAUUGGUGGGAACCAACAUUGAUUGUCCUUUAAUAUAUUGACAAAUUUUAAUUAUGGAGAAAAUUUGGUGUGUAUCUAGCUUUUUAUCUCAUUUUCUAGCUUUAAUCUGAAAUACAGGUAUCUCUUACGUCGAGUUAAUAAUCAUUUAUAUUUUAUACUAUUUACAGUAACUUUUGUUUUGUGCAUUUAUUGCAAGUAUAGGUACACACAGAAUCACCAUGUACAUAUUUUAUAGAAUUCCAAAUGUUGAAUCUCAUUGUACUGUUGUUCCGAGUAUUGAAAAUGAAAACCAUAAAUGUAUGAAAUGUAAUGUAAAAGGAGCAUUAUGUAAGUUUUAGAUAUAGAACUGGCCGUUCUCGUUAUACUAUUUAAAAAAUAUAUAAUGCAAAAUGAAUAUAUUUAAAAUUUUAUUCAAAUUACUUUAUUUUGAGCAAAGUUAUCAAUGGCUGUAGUUUGACAAGAUGUGUGCAUUGAUUGUAACCACUGUACUGGUUGGGAGCUACAGUGGCCAAGUGGGUAGACUGGAGGUCGUGUGUUCGAUUCCUGCAUUGGCCGAGAAAGUUCAUUGGGAUCCGAUGUGGUUCUCACUUGUCAGUGGUGCAGGAUCGAGGGCCUGACAAGGACAGCUGUCUAGUCUUUCGGAUGGGACAAAAAAAAUCCAAGGUCCCGUGUAUACAUUGGUGUGCACGUAAAAGAUCCCUUGGCAGUUGGAAUUCCAUAUAAGAGUAGGCCAUAGUACCGCUGCCUGGGCAAUAUUUCCCUCAUAGCACACUGUAUGGCGUAAGCCCGACUUCAUUAGUCCAUUCGGAGCAGAACAGUAGGACAUUAAACCCUAUUUCAUUUCACUGUACUGGUCAUUUGAGUCUUAGCCUCGCUUCUCCAUUUUUAAAUUAAAUCAUUAAAUGGUCAAGCCGUUCUAAUCUACUUAAAAUUAUGGCCAUCCCAUGGCAUCGAGAGUUGAUUAUGGUCUUGUCAUGUUAAUAAAUGUCUAAUUAAUAAUUUAUAUAACAUUUGAGGCCCAAAGAAAGACCUGCAAUAGGCAGAUUUAGCUCUUACAUAAUGCCUUUUUAAAGGUAAGUCCAGCCUGUGUGUUCAUCCGUUUAUUUGAGGCAAAACAAUUUGAGUCGAAAUGAGACGAACAUGAUUGAAACUAUUUUAAUAAUGAAUAUAGUAUAAAGAAUUUGCAAUAACUGAAUUUCGUUAUGUUAUAAUAUUAUAAAAUAAUUAAGAAAAGUAUAUUUAUGUGCAUGUUAAAACUAAAGUUUGUUUGAACGGUAUUAGUUAAUCGAUUAAACACAAAAUAUUUUACAUGGGAAAUGUGGUUGAUAAUAUUUGGAGUGAAAUCAGUGAGUGUAUGAUAUCUAGUCAGACUAAAUUAAAUCCAUUAACUAUAAUUCACAUCACUUGCCUUUUAUUGCAUUAAUUACGACUCAAAGGAUAUCGUCAUGUUCAUACUGCUUAUCAGAAUUUUAAUAUUUUAAGUUAGAAGGUAAUGGUCCAUUCUAAGUACCAGAUGUUAUUUUCAUUCCGCUUAAUAAUACUUUUGUUAACUUGAUUAGAUAAGUUAAUCAAAUGCCUCAUAUGCUACAAUAUGAUUAAAACACAGAUCCUAUUUCGUUUCGUUUUUAUACCGUAGUUCAAAAUUUCGUUUUACUUGUCUUUACUACACUAGGAUCUGGACGAGUUGUUAUCAUUGACGUGUUCUGAAUGGUGUGAGGUAUUAGCCAAUGAAAUGGUCUGUAACAGCGAGCUUCAGGCGUGUUUUGCAUGGACCUGUGGGUAAUCCACUAAUAACAUCAAUGCUGAUUAGUUAAUCAAAUGCCUGACGUCAUAGGGUCAAAAUAUAGAUCUGUAUUUUAAUCAGAUUGCAUAUGCUAAGCCUUUCAAGGAUUUUGUUGAAUUUUCUGCUUUGCAGGUUUUGGUUUGUAUGUUGAUGUUGAAUUAACCAAUCUCCUGGCAUGAUUGAAUAUGCCCUAUAAGUCUUUGGACCAAUAUCGAGUGGAAUAAACAACCAAACUUUUAAUUAGACUGACAAAUAAAUGUCCACUUACAUGUUAGAAACAAUAUGGUUGUCAUAGAAACCAGACAUAUUUAUCAUUAUUGAUUUUGGAUUUUAAAGCGUUUUUAAUCAGAAAAUAUAUGACACAAUUUGCUCUGUAAAUAUAUUUUAUUUAAUAUCAGUUUGUAUCAUCAAUACAUGUAUAAUGUCUGUUUUCACUAAAAAAUAUCAUACAUUCCAUAUCAUAUCAAACAUACAUAUUUCUCAUAUAUAUUCUAUAUUUAACCUAUUUUAUGUUUAACUUAUUAUUAUAUAUAUUGUGUUAUUUAUUGAAUAAAAUAAUUUACAAAUUUA